CUAGAGGCAAACAGUUUUAUUAAACUCUCGAGUCCUCCAUGCUCCAGUUUACUUUCCACCAUCAUGUUAAGUAAGAUAACGUUGUUUUUCAUUUUAGUGUCCCAGACAAAAACUUCUAAUACUGUCGACAAAGGAGCUCUCGAAGACUCGGGUAAGACGAGAAUUUGAUUUUUUUUUUUCAAUAACGGAAAAACAUAUUGUAUCAAAUUUUAUACUUAGUUAAGCAUAUGAAAACCAACCCAAACACAACAAUCUCGGAUCAUGAUUUGUAGUUUUAGGACGAGUCAAAACAGAACGUGCUACUUCGCUUUUGUAAUUGAUCAUAUUUCAUGAUGCCUUGUGUUCAAAACCCGUUUUGACGCAUUUCUCCUUACUUGUCUUCCAAUCGUUUAGUGAAUGGCUGAAAGCCUGUCAUUUUCAAAUGUAUAUCUAGUCAUACUUAUACCAAAAAUCAUUCUCGGGAACUCGGCUACUUUUGGUCGCCUUUCAAGAAGUCACGCUUAAGUUAUUUAUUGCGUGCAUUACCAGUUUUCAGAAGCGGGUUUCAUGUUAGUGUUCACGGUAGGGGAAGAAAAUCAAACUAAACAGAUUCUUCAGUCGAAGACUGUGCGUGAGUCCCACUCGAUAUCAUUCGAGUCAUAAUGACCCACAAUGAGUUUUAUGCGCAACAGGCAAGGGUCGAACUCGUGCUCCUCUAGAAAGGUUGAGAGUCUCUACGACUUAGCUGUGUAAGACUCGAGAUACCUCGGCAAUCAAACCUGCCGUCUCUAUUUAUUUCAUUGCGCAAAACAUAACUAUUUAUUCUCUUUUACAACGUUGCCAAGAACCCAACGAGCCGCCGCUAUUCAAUUAAAACAUAGAACCUAACACAAAAAGCAAAACAAACGACCUAGGAAGUUACCAAAAGUCCGCUAUAACAUGUUAAUUUCCAUAAAACCGCACGAUUUAAUUUUUCAAAGAUAGUAACAGUGAAAAACACCGACUUUGUCUCUGUCCGAAAUUGUUUGCAUUAUCAACGGUUUGGAAAUAACAGUUGGUCAAAGAAAACUAAGAAAUGAUAUUUUAUUAGAUUAUUUCAUGCUGGAUGCAUCUGUUCACUGUAAAUAAUAUUCCUUGGGUACACGUCUACCUUAACUGCGACCAACGUGACCUUUUGUCCCAUCAUUUCCACCCUCAGUUUGAAAGAUACUUGUUUUGAAUUUUCGUGACUGCUUCCUACUUCAUGAAACUUUCUCCAAUGUCACCUGCAAUCACGUAAAAAGAGCAUGCAACGAUAGCCGGCUCUUUGGAUUUUGAUAAAUUCUACCGUUACGAUUCCAAGCAGAAGAAUCAAUUACUAAGCAUAUUAUCUCAACACAGAACAAUGGCACGUUUAUCCAAAUUUGUAAAAAAAUUAAAAAAGCAAUACAAUACUUUUAAGGCAAACAUUGAAAAUUUCAGGUUUUCGCACAGUUUACUUAGAUUUUUUCCUUCUAGGUUUCCUUAGUGAAUUUUUAGUGCCUUGGCAGAGAUUCGAUAAGAAAAAAUUACUUGAAUAAACAUCAGUUACCUGUUCUCUAGUAUAACAAGCCGCCUUAUAUCAUCUGUCGGCAAGUGGACAAUUUCACUGAAACAGUUCUGCAAAAUGUUUGUGGGUGUUCAUUAUCUUCUUCAAGAAGAACGUUUAACAGUAUACCCCGAGAGAAUUUGCCGCAAUCCUCUCCAAGACCUGAGGUAAUUUGACAUAGCCUGCGAAUGGAAAUGUAACUUGAAUCAGACCGCUCUUUCUUCUAAUUGGGGAAAAUUCAGUGCGUCAACUUUAACUUCAUGAAUGUUUCGGAAAGGACAUCAGUUUCAUUUUCAUAAUUUGCAUUGACAUCAAAAUCAGAAUAAAUUUUUACUAAAUUUUUAAUUCGUGGGUAAGGCCACUUCGCCAUUGUUAUCUUAGUUGACUAUCGACACAUUGUUCCGUCAGUGGAACAUAAAAAUAUUAAUCCAGGUCCGAAAAUGGUGAACUUUCAAAUUGACCGAUUCUGUAAUUAGUAGACAACUUUUUUGGAUUAAAAAAAGGCAGGGGUUCUUGAGCUAUUUACACAAUUGUAUCCGGUUAAUUUUGAUGAAAUUCAUGAGCUCUUUUCACCAUCUUAAAUUAUUUUUCAAAUGGCAACUGCUGAAAAGUGAAGAGGCUUAGGUUUUUUUGAAGCUCUUCUGGCCAAAAAUAGCCAGUGCACCUCAUUAAGCCCAUAAUUUCUUUCGUUUUAACCCUAAGUGUAACACGUCGUAUAUUCUCACAAAUAAUGCAAAGUGGUAGAAUAGAGACAUUGUCGCUUACUGUUCCUGUGUAAUCUUACAUUUUUACAAGGCUGUCAAGAAUUGUAAACAGUUAAAAGCAGUAGCUUAAACUUCCGCUGACAAACAGGAAAUCUUUUCCGUUUACUUUAGAGCCACAAUUAUUCCAAAGUGAAGGCUGCUACGGAGCAAAGUCAAUACAAGAUGCUGGUGUUAAUCUUGGACGCUUUAGUUCUUCUGAUAUCGGUGAAUGCGCUGAGCUUGCCUUAAAAAAGGGUUUCGCCGAGUUUGGUCUUUUACAUGGAGGUCUGUGUAAAGGCGGUGACAAUCUGCAAGGGAAAGUUUCUGAAACUUCUGUAACCUGCAGAGAUGGUGUGGGAGGAGAGGAUUCUGUGGAACUGUACUCGCUUAAGCCGUCAGGUCAGAAUUCAGUUUGUUUUCCUAUACGAAGUUAAAAGCGCCUUCUGAUUAGGUGUCAAUAAACAAAAUAAUAAUAAUCGCAAGAAGGGGUCCGAUAACCACGCUCUUAAAACAAAGAUAACUGAUAACCCUCAAGACUGGCUAAAGCGUAAGAAAACUCGCGAGACCAAAUUGCGAUGCCUUCAGUUGGCAUCUGACUGGUUAAGAAAUGACGCCAGUCAUCCAGAUCAAUCAUGUGACAACUUAAAUAAAACCAAUACUGUUCCAACUGACGUUUGGAAACUGCCGUUGGUGAAAUUGAAUUGUUGUAUUGAAACGAGUUUGUUUGAGCCUUUUCUCUCAAGGCUCGAGUUCAAUGUGGGAUUUAUGGUUAUCCUGAGAUAUGUCAAUAUGAUUGUUAAACAGGAAGAAAGUGGUGGAAUGGAACUGAAAAGUGAUUAGGAACGACGUUAUAUUGCUUGUCUUAGUAUGAAGGAAUAUAAAAAAUUUAGAUCGAAAAACUGAAAUGUCUAGGCCUAACUUACCUUGGUUAACUAUGUAAUUCUGUGGGAAAUGGCCUCUGAAUUGAUGGAAGAUCCAAAGUCAAGUUAGAUUCAGUGCUCCUUAUCAUAGCUAGAUCAUGGCUAUACAAACAUUUCAUUGUAAGGAAAAAGGGUUGAGCAACGAAUAUUUUUAAGGAACAACUGAAACACGUUCCUCUAAAUAAUAAAGAACUUGGUCCAUAAAAUUCUCGAAACUGAUAUUUCCUCCCUUACAGCCAUUGCCUGUCCAAUCGAGUCUUCCGACAAGGCCAGUAAAAAAUGCCAGUCCCAGAGACAACAAGAAACAGCUAAAACCAGAGAAGACUACGAGCUCAACAAAGGCAGUGACACCCUACCGAUUCCACGCAUUAGCAAGAAACCAAGGGAAGUGUUCCUCUUGCUGAAAAAAGACCCCCUGGAUAAUCACUGGAUUUCAUUAUACAACCAAACUAUUUACAAAAACUUCGGCCUCUUCGCCAUUCUCGCUAAUUUAACUAGAGGAAAAGAUAUUGACUACAACAAAGUAUACAAGUUCUUCGUUGCAGGUCAACGACACCCACGCUUUGUUCUUCCGGUAUGGAUCACUCUAAGCGACAGUUUUAAACAUUUAGAUAAUGCUUCUCUAUUUAAAUCGAGUUUUGAUAGUUUAAACCACCCGCAGUUACCUGUGUAUUGGGCCUCGUGUAGCUGACUUUUAAAAUUCCCCAAAGGGAGUAAGUUGUGUCAUGUUGUUGAGGAGUUGCUCCCCUAGCUUAAAUUUGUUGUCAAUUAUGACUGUCAUAGUUUCAUUACGUUAAUUACGUCUACAUAUACUUUCUUCAGCAAUUUUGUCUUGGUGUCUAAUGAGCUUAUUUCCUUUUUCUGCAGGAAGACCAAAAAUUUUUUCGUUUUGCCUUUGAAGACACAACCAGCCCAUUCAAAAAUGUAUCUGAUCUGUCUCUUUGGAGAGAUGAUGAUGUCUUUACUGAUCAGCGAUUGGCUGGCAUGAAUCCAAUGGCCAUUCAGAGGGUUUCGUGGGAUUCAGGUGACCAGGCCUGUGUGAUAACUUACAAUGUGCACUCAUAGAGAUUAUAGCAUUAAUCAUCUCCUUUUGGAGGCUUUUCAUCGUUGCAGAUAUUCCUUUUCAUUUGAACCUUUCAGGCAGGCGAGGAGGAGUAAGCUGGAGAACACUGCGUAGAAAGUUAAAUCAAACAUUCGACUGGAAAGGAGCGAUACAAGACGUGCUUGGGAAGAGCAUUUCAAUUUAUUGGGUACGUGCACCAGUUUAGGACAUUAUUUAUGGGCUCUGAAGUUUUCGUCUCUCUUUAUAGCUUUGUUUCGCAGGGAAUGGGGUUGGGUUUGGACGUGGUUAGUGAACGAAUCCUGUUUUCGCGGCUUACAUUUCCUAGGGGUGCCCGCUAAACUAAACCUUAAUGUGCUUUCCCUUGAUUGUGUCAUCUCUCUAAAAUUCAGUGCUUGGGACGAGAUUGAGUGCGCAUGAUGAUGCACGCGUCACGACCUAAGCUUCGUUAGAAGUUAAAUCACUCCCAUUUUCAACCGCUAAAGCUGAAAAUGUCCUCCUCGACAUUCAAUAAAUUAGAAACGGUGGUAUCUGGCCGCCUAAUCCCGGAAAUAAUGAGUUAAUUCCCCCAAUGGGGAAAGAGAACGCCUCGUACGAUGAAUGUAUGAAUCCAGAGAAAUGCGCGCUAAAAUUUUGUUCAAAAUGUUUUGUCUCAAAUAUGCCAGCCACAAAGAUUAAUUAAAAGCUUUUGCACCUUGAAUAGGCAAUACGCGGAGGUUAUAUCUAUGUGGUACACUAUCCUUUAUACGACGGACUGAAUCCGAUAACUGACGAUCCCUUUGGAGAACUGAUGGAGGCAAACUCACCCAUCGCCAUAUUUGCAUCUAAACCCAGUCAUCGACGGCUCCCAAAUAGACUAAAACCAGUGGCCAUUCAGAUAAACAGUUCUCCAGGUAUCAUAUCUACAGAGUUUUAUAUUUGCAUAGUUACUACAUUACCACGCAAUUAUUGUGAAAAACUUUCGAACAACAGAUCACAACAAAGAUGCAGGAUAGAUUUCACACUUUACUAAAGCAUAUGCAAAAAAAAAUUCUUGUCUUAUUCUUUGUUCCAAUCAUAAAGACCAUAAUUUACUAUUCUUUGUUCCAAAUAAUGAUGGUCGUUAAUUCAACACAUGACAAGAUUUCUUAUGACACCACUGAACGCGGAAAUAGGGAAAACCCUCAGCAAGCUGUGUUCUGUUACAUUGCUGAAAUCAGGCAUGCAAAAAUUGCCUAUCACUUCUUAAUUGUAUUGCCUCUAGACUCUCCAGUUUAUACCCCAGAAGAUAGCCAGUUAUGGCAGAUGGCUAAACAUGUGCUCCAAGUUGCAGACUACGCUCAAACUCAAAUCGUAGAGCAUCUAUUCAAGAUUCAUUUGUAUAUGGAACCCAUUUGUGUCUGCAUGCAUCGGCGCCUGUCGAAAUUGCACCCUCUUCAUCAGCUAUUAAAGCACCAUUGUAGGGGGUUGCUUGGAACGAACGCGCUUGGAUAUCCAUUUUUGAUGGCACCGGGUAAUGGUUCCAUCGAUAAGCUCAUGUUAAUUGGUCGACAAGGGGCUAUGACAAUGAUGAGAAGAGCCUAUAAUGACCUUUCGUGGGAAAAAACAGACUUUUUAGCCAAUAUCAAGGUUAGUGCUGAAUUAUCUAUGUGCUGCUUUAAUUAGAAUUUUGUUCCUUAAAACGUAAUAGUAACAAAGAAACCAAAUCGGUUGUAGUGGAUAACUACAGAAAGUGUAAAAAGCACUUACGGCAAAAAAAAAAACAAAAGAAAAAAUAGAGAAUUAAAAUAUAGUGAAAGACGGGAGACAUUUUCUAAUAAAGGGAACUAGAAAGCAAAUCUAACAAGACUGCACCAAACUCCUCUGAAAAAAGUUUUUAUUUUUCAAAGAAACGAGGCCUAUGGGACAAGGAGAAAUUGCCUUACUUUCCCUACAGAGAUGAUGGACUACUGAUUUAUGAUUCGCUGUCGAAUAUGGUCAAAGAAUUCGUUGGGAAGUAAGUUUUUAAGGGUUAUUUCAUCCCUGGAAAAGGUAAAAGGUAGGAAAAAAAACCCUUCUAUCUCUAAACGUUACCUCCAGAAGUUACUACGAAGGUUUAGUAUGAGUUUCAAGUACAAAAGUCUGUGUCACUGCUAAUGUUUAGGACUGAACAUUCAAAUGCAAUUUUAAGGUCCUUGUACCGUGAUGUUUUUGGCAAUCAAUAAUUCGCUAUUUUUUUUCAUAACUGAACUUGAUUUUCGAGGGUUAAAAUUCUAACGAAAGGAAAUUGCAGUUUUAUUGGCAGUGUGAUGGAAAAGCUAUAAUUGCAUCUGAGAUCUAACAAACGAAAUACCAAGUGCCAGCACCAUGCUAUAGAAACUAUCAAAUUGGGGAUUUUCAACUAUUAGUUUUGGGGUUUCUGCGUACAGAAACAAUUUGCAAUCGAAGUAGGUCAAUCUGGAUUAUUUCCUAGUUUUAUUCCAUCGAUCUCUAACAUUCGUGGUGUGGUUGAAGGUAUUACAGAUCCAAUAGAGAAGUUAUGAUCGACAAAGAGCUGCAAGAUUUCGCACGUGAUGUCUCAGUUGGAUCUGGAAAGGUAUUGUCACGUGACUGGAGAGAAGGAAUAGCAAAAGGAAAUAGAGGAGGAAAUGAAAAAAAUUGUCUGAAAGUUAUUCAAUGAAUUCACGAUCUUUCUUCUCCGUUCUUGUCGUCAGUUCUAAAAUUUCCAUUGACAACAAAUCCUUCAACAACAUUUCCAAGGACCUCGAAGGGCGUCAAAGAUAUUCUCGUGUGUCUUUUCAUGUUUAGGUCUUCCCUUAAUGUUUGGAACUAGUACAAAACCUUUGUGAAUGUAUAUCAUAUCUUCUCAAGAGUUAAAGGAAAAGAUCAUCGCUUGAUUCACUUCAACUCGCAUAAUAUACGCACGUAUCAUAAGUUAAACCAUCGAAUUAGGUGUAUAUAUUUGUUUCAUACAGAGGUAUUGUGACUCUUGGUUUUUCCUACAAAUUAUUGUAUUCUACUUUCUGUACAAAUUUACCGCAGGUGAAGGGCUUUCCAACAAAAAUUACUUCCAAGUUUUGUCUAGCAAGUCACUUAGUUCGCAUUAUGUGGAUGACAAGUGCACAACAUAGUGUGAUCAAUUAUCCCGUGAAUCAUUACGGUGCUUUGACGUUUAACUCGCCGACAAAACUGUACAAAGAUAAGAUGACAGCCAUGGGUCAUUACGGCUUCACUAACCUCCCUAGGAGUUUCACUUGUAUGGUGAGUGUUUCUUACAUAAGUCGCCUACUUGUAUACCAAAGACAACGCUGGACACUCGUGUCCUUGCAGUGUGCUCCUUUCCGAUUCAUUCGCCCAGCUACUGAGCGCCUCUACUCAGGAUUUAAGAGCGUUACUGACUCUGUGAUCACCAUUUUUAAAAUUUUUUUUGUCCACAGACUCAAUCAGCCCUAUCCAUGACUCUGGCGGCAAUGCAUUACGACCGUCUCUUAGACUUCGUACCAAAAUUCCCGGAGGAAAAAGGAAAAUCUGUCCUUCAGAAAUACCACGACUACCUGGACGGUGAAGUCACCUGUAAAAUAACCCAAAGGAAUAAGCAGAGAUUUAAGGACGGUCACCUGCCUUAUCCUUAUCUCCUGCCAGCUUGGAUAGCUAAUAGCAUUCAUACUUAG